GACCCCGAUUCCUGGGAGUAGAGAGAGGCAGAGGACAGGGGGAAAGUGUGUGUGUCGGUGUGUGUGUGUGUGUGUGUGAGGCAGAGAGGGGGGAGAGGGCCAUGUGAAAAAGGGGUGGAGGGGAGCUGAGAUUUAGUGCUCUGCUGGAUGAAACAACCCCCCACUAACUAACGGAGAGGGAAAGUAGCCUAAUGGGAAGAAAAGAGGGGGUGUUGUACUGUUCAUUUAACACUCAAAGACGCGCAGGAAGCUUUUAUCGUUUCCCACAAUGAGAUCAGAAAAGGGGAUUGCUGUCUGCUGUAAAGCCUAGGGCCCUGAACAACAGAAAUAAUCAAUACAGACGUACAUAGCGGCAGCAAAUAACCAAGAGAGCAAGAAUGUCUCGAACAGAAGAGGUCAACAAGAUGACAGAAAAUGUCUACAAGGGGAUUCUGGACCAGUUCAACCCCAGUCUGAAGAACUUUGUGACCAUGGGGAAACACUAUGAGAAAGCCCUGACAGGAGUAACCGUGGCUGCCAAAGGGUACUUUGAUGCUCUGGUGAAGCUUGGAGAGCUGGCGAGUGACAGCCAAGGCUCCAAAGAGCUGGGAGACACACUGUUUCAGAUGGCCGAGGUCCACAGACAGAUUCAGGUGCAGCUGGAAGACGUGUUAAAGCUGUUUCACUCUGAGCUGCUCGCCCAGUUGGAGCAGAAGCUGGAACUGGAUAUUAAAUACCUCACAGCCACCCUGAAGAAGUAUCAGAGUGAGCGGAGGUCUAAAUCUGAGUCUAUUGAGCGCUGCCAGUCCCAGCUGAAGAAACUGCGCAGGAAGAGCCAGGGCAGUCGUCACCCGAACAAAUAUGGAGACAGAGAGAUGCAGUUUGUGGAGUUGAUGAGUCGUCGCCAAGGAGAACUUGACACGCUGGUUGCCGCAGGUUACAAGUCUGCGCUCACAGAGGAAAGGAGGCGAUAUUGCUUCCUGGUGGACAGACAGUGUUGUGUCACCAAGCUGCUCAUCAACUACCACUCCAAGGUGAGAGAGCUUCUGUCACAGAAACUGUCAUCUUGGCAGCAGUCAUGUUCUCAGCCCACAAAACUUCCAGAGCGCGCUCUGAAUCUGCUGCGUCACACUGCGCCUCAAGGCUCAGGGGCUGCUGGGAUAGCCGAGGUCCUCCGCCACACCAAGAUAGGCUCUGCUCAGCCAGAACAGAGACUCUCAGUGCAAGAAGUCCCUCCUCUGUUGAAUGGAGACUCCAGUCGCUCCCAGCAGCAGCGCUCGCUCCCUUCCUCCUCCUCCCAGAGUGAAACCUGUCCUCCUCAGGGCUCCCCCCACACUUUCCGCUCCCUCUCUAGUGGAGGAGCUGCUGGAGGUUCCUCACGAGGAGUGUCUCCUCAGCACACCAGCACGCCCCUCAGUGCAUCAGCCAGCCCCCUCCCUGACAGCAGCGCCAGCAGCAGCGCCAGCCCCGCUACAUCCACCCCCACCACGUCCAGCGGCUCGGCCCAGCAAACCGCUCUCCUCUUGGCUGCCAACACAUCCAACCUCUCCCCGAGUCUCAUCCCCUCCACGGUGAUGUCGGUCAGCCAGGUCUCCCCACCUGGCAGCACCUUGCAUGGCAUGACCCUCCCCAUCCCCCACAGUGCUCCUCACAGUCCUCCACUGCCCCACAGUGCUCCUCUCUCCAGGGCCAUGACUCCUGUGCAGCUACUGCACCAACAGGUGGGACCAGGAGGAAGCAAUACUUCAUCACCGUCACAUAACCCCUGGCUGCUGAAGACCGCUGACAUGUGUACAACUGCAACGCUUCCACUGCCGCGGAGACCUGUCAGUGAAAUGAGGCUGGGCGGCUUUCAGGGCUCCAGUCUCCCCAGGAUGCUGCCUUUAUCUGGACCUACCCGGGUGGAAGCCAUGUUUGCUCACUCUCCUGGAGCAUCCGAGGGCAGCGGUGUAGGGAGUGGGGCUUGCUUACUGCACUUCCAACCUGGUGACAGCAUCACCCUGCUCAUCUCCGAGCCCAGAGAUGGGUGGCACUACGGUCAGAAUGAACGAACUGGACGGAAAGGCUGGUUCCCUUUCUCCUACACUCAGUCCACACACAGUAAGAUGGAUCACCUCGAGAGCUCGCUCUUCUUAUCUAAGGCGAACAGCACCAGUACAGGCCAGCUCGACAAGCUGGUGUCUCCAGGUCUCCCAGUGCUCACCCCCGAGUCAGAGGAGGAGCGCUCCCUUCCUCCCCAGAGGGUCAGCACCUUCCGCCCGCGCCCAUACAGCAUGGCCGACAGCAACAAGAUCACCUCGGAGUUGGUCUCUCCUCCACCCUCUCCAACCAGGACUAAUCCAUUUGCCCACAUUCGACUCAGAAAAACUGUCACCAACGAUCGCUCCGCUCCCAUCAUUGAGUAAGAGUUUCAUUCCCACAGCAGCAGCAGCAGUCCUGUUCUCUGUGGUUUGUCAGUCCAUCAGACCUCAGGUUGAAUCCUGGAAACAGCUCAUUGGUUCACAGUUGAUUCUUUACUUUGGAUGUUCGCAAAUUAAUCAAAUACAGAUUGUGUUUUGUGUGCAGGUGUAGAACUUUUUAAAUCAAAGUGUAAAAGGUUCAUGCGUAAAGGCUGAGUUGUUUUAAAUAUGAUUACAGUCCAGACAGUUUUGAGAUAGUUAGGUAGGGAAAAAAGUAGAAACAAGACAAGAUGCUAUAAUAUCUGAAAAUUCUGAGUGAAACGAGACAUUGAAAUAAAUUCUAGGCUAGUUAUAAUAAAACAGAAGUAAGAGGUUUGGCUGUACUUAGCUUAGUGUUUGAAACGGACAUAAUGUGUCGUCCAGAGUAACUAACAUUUGCAGGUUUUCCUGGCCUAUGAAAGAUGCCUCUUAUAUCUCUUACUGUUUUACAGUGCAAUUUAUAUUCCUCAACAUAACCUUUAAUGUAGGGGUUUUUUUUGUGCCAUAUUCAGAAAAGUUUUCUUUGUCGGGCUGAUCUAGGGACUGGCUCCUAAUAACAGGUUGUGAACUUUCACUGUAAUGAAGUGUUACGGAAAGAGGACAGGCUCCUACUCUAAAAGUGCUAUUACCAUAUUAUAUUUUUUAGGAAAGCUGCCAGAUUGUUUCUUGGUUUCAGUGAAGGUGAACUUUUAAAUUUAUUCAAAGUGUCUUGUCUAUUUUGAAAGGUGGUUGUUUGGUGGAGGAAGACUUGGUGUAUUUUAAUGAAAUUGGCACAGUAACUUAUUUUUGUGUCAUUUUCACCUUAAAUUUACUGAACAUGGGAAAUGCUGUUCGAGUGUUAAAGUCCCUGUCAGUUAUAUCUCAUGUUUGUACCAGUUAACACUUCACACUGCUGCUGUAAAGUUACAUAUUAACAUGUUAUGAAUGUCGAUUUUUGGAUUAAGUUAACUCUUUACCUGGACUCAACAUGUAUCGUGAAACAAAUUCUAUAUUAAGGAUCACGUGUGUAGGAUUUAGUGGAAACUUCUCCUGUGUGCUGAGUGUGUAGGAGAACUACAGUGGAUGACGUGGAAACGUGAAUAGGCCCAUCUAGAGUCAGAAGCUCUUUUUACAUAGAGAUUGCACUACAGUGGUGCGGAAAUGAGCCCUAAAACCCAGAACUGAAAUCGCAUUGUAGCACCUCUGGUUCCCUCGUCUCAAAGUCAGUGGGUUCUUGGAUGGGUUUUUGGUUAGAUGCCUGAAAUAAGGUCUGUGGUUAAAGCUUAAGAGACUUACUUGAUUUGUUCUACAACAUAAAAUACGUUAGUAAAUGCUCCACUCAUGCAUUUCAAUGCUAUUAUGCGUCUUUAAAAAAGCUUACAAGUGGCUAAUGAGACUACAGAACGUCAUCACGCCAAACACGGCUUUACAGCCUAAUUGUGGGGGUGACGAUGAAGUCAUGCAAUAGUUGUGUAGUUUGUCAGCCUAAUGUUAGCUACUUACCUCUGGUGAUAGCAUUUAGCACUAAAAAUAAAAGUGGUGUUCAUUUAUGAAGGUUGAAGUUGUGUGAGAAUCAUAAACUUGUGUUUCCCACAAAAACGUCAAAAACGUCAUCCCCACAGCACUCUAUAGACCUUAUUCUCGACCGCCUUUGCUUAUUUACACAGAACCAAAUAACUUCGGCAUCAUGAUGCCCCAGUGUGUGAUUCUAGACAGCAUGUAGGCAUCCUGGAGGCAAACAAGGUGUGACAGGCAUGACGUGUAACAUGACAGCGUCAGCUUCUAGUGUGACAUAACAUAUGUACUGGCAGGGCUUUACAAACAACGACAAUAGCAUAACAUGUUACUGUCCCGCUAUAUGGCGGCUGAUCUCAUCCUCUGCUCAGAGGGUUAGAAGCUUUCGGACCUUAAUGUUUCCCCAAUUUGUUGUUGUUCUUCUUUGAGUUAGCUGCUAAUUGCUGCUAGAUGCUGUUUAAGUAACCAGGUGGUGGGUUGUACAUAUAAAAAGUUGUCAAAAUGUCACAUCCAUCCCAUCCAUGGUCCUGUCCUGCCAGCUGUCUCUUUCACAUAAACGAUUUGACUUGAUUCAGCACUGUUAUUACUUCGGCUAACAGCUUAAAGGUGAGAAAACCCCUCCCCCCAUUCUGCAAUCGUGCAUUCUAUGGAGAACAGUGAGGCUAAAUAACGGUGUAAUGUUCCUGCCUUGGCUAGGCUGUGUAAAAAGGGGCAAGAAACAAUAAAGACAACAGGCUCUAUAUGUACAGAAGAUAAAAAGGGCUCAUUCUAAGAAAACAAAAAAUUCUUAGUUUCGGGUGAUUAUAAACCAAUAAAAUCAGAGUUAUGAAUAUUAUGUACCAUUUCUGCCAAAAGAGGCCUCUAAAUCCUACACACUGAACCUUUAAAUUUGAUUAUUCAAAUAACCGAUCAAUUAAGUGCUUAUUUAACACAGAGUAAUUCCUCCGAAACACAGAAACAGAAAAGCGUACGAGCUCCACAGACACAAAGUGUGACAGUUAAUAGUUGAACGUUUGGACGAUGUUUUUACAGAAAGUGUUUAUUUUAGAAAGUAGCAUGUCGUGGAGGGUUCAAAGUGGUAAGAAUUGGGUGCUUAGUCUUUGGAUUUGAUGUCUUCUUGAUUCCUUUUCAGUCCCACAUCUAAAGCUAGACAACAUCUAGGCUAGUCGAUCGUAGCUGUACGUUUACCAAUCCGACUGAGCUGAAUCCUUAAGAGAUGUGAAAGCCGAGACAGACGAUACGAUCGAGUUUAAACGGGGAAAUGUAUCUAUGAAAGUGAUGAAGAAAGCAUAUGGGAAGUUGACCAGCGUCUUAGCAAGUGUUUAUGGUAAACUAGAGAUAUCCAAAGUAAUAUUCUGUAGUCGCCUCUAGAAAACUGUGGUUUAAAGGUGAAACUUUUUGCGAACUGAGAUGGUUUGUGUUCCUGUUGUAACUGCCUUGAGUUCCUGUAAUCUAUUAGCACCUUGAAGAUUCAAGAUAUCGGCCUCAAGGGUUGUAGUAAAUCAUUCCUAACAGCAUUAUAUAUGACUUUAAAUAGUAUGGCAUCAUUAAUAAAGGUGACAGUAAUGUGAUAGAGCUAAUGCUUAUUCAUGCUUGUAAAUAGUGCUUAAAACGUGUGAUUGUAUGACUUUUAUUUGACUUCUUUUUGUUAUGAUAUUUCACUUUGGGGGAAUGUUUUGACUUUGUAGAGGCUGCGGAAACAUAAACCUCCCUGAGCAUGUCAUUCGUCAUAUUCAAAGUUUUCUCACUGACUCUCAAUAACACAGUAAUAAUACAGAAUGACAUAUUAAUCUGAAUGUUUUUAACUGAGAAUACUGAUAAAAAUUAACUUAAAUUUUGAGUCACAGCAGCAUGUGGUUAUUGUAGUGGCCUGUGUCAGGGAUUUAUAAAAUAGAGUAAAACAUGAAUUGUGUUUGGGGCAAGUGAUACGGUGAAGAAUACAAUGCAUGAAUGAGAAAUGCAAAAAUUAGAGUGUAAGAAUUGAUACAGGGGAAUAAUGUAGUAUAUGUACAACACAUACAUAUAUCUUUAGUGUGUACAUGAGGAGUUUAUUAAAAUUAUAAACAUGUAACAUGAAAUUUAUGGCAAAAUGAAUGAACACAUUUACAGCCAGUCUCUGAAAUCUUAUGUGUAUACAGGAAGUAAAUGUAUAGAUGUCUAAAAGGUGGCAGAUGAAGGCAUGUUCUGCAAAAAGACGUUAAUUAAACCAGAAAAAAAGUCCAAAACUCUUCUUCCAGAGUGAAAUAUCGUUUUAACAUUGCACACCAGUUUUACACAGUUCCUCGUUUCUGUGAAAAAUAUGAAGCAACGUAAACAGACUGUUUGCAUCUACAUGAAAUCCCGCCGACUGCAGAAGAUAUUUUAUUGUGAUGAUGAAUACUGCUGAGUAAGACAUUCUUCACCUGACACACUGAAUAUUGACGUGUUGUGAAAUAAAAGUUCUAUGAAGGAAAUCUCUGUCCACUUUUGCUCUGUAUGUUUAUGAGUCUGUCGAAGCCCAUUACAGCCUCAGUUCCCCAUGUCUUCAAAGCCACCAGACUCCACUGACGAAAAACAUCAUUUUGGUAGCUGAACACUGGAUUUACUGGCCUACUGCUGCCUCAAUCAGUUAGUUAAUUUGUGUUAUUGUGUGACUUUUUUGAAUUCAAGCUAAACCCUUUCUUUCUUUAUUUAUUGGUAAAGAUUUGUGUUUAUUUACAGAUGUUAAAAUUUCAGUGCAGGAGCAGUCCCAAAAAUGUGUCAGAUUUCCAUUUGUGCAUUUGAAAAUAUUAUUUUAAAAGGACAAAGAUACUUAUCCAAAAACAUUGAGAAGGAGAGGAUGUACUAGAACUAAACCUUAGGACAUUUUGACGUACAAACAUAUUAAUAAAUUCAAGAAUGGAUCAGAAAUGAUCAAAAACAGGAAGUUGUUCAGCAUCAACCCAAUGUUCUCAAUGGAGUCUGGCUUGAAAGAGAGCGAUAUUACAGCUUCAGUUCCCUGUAGAAAUCGCUAUCUGACGGCAAGAUAAAGCAGUGGAAAUAUUCUAAAUAUAGCGCACCCUUAAACUGAUAUCGACUUUUUCAGGUGGCUAGCAUUUGUUUCACUGCUGACCCCUCCACAGCAGUACAUUGAUUAGCUUCCAUGUCGGACUCCAGCCUGCUUCUCCAAACUGGAGGAGUGCCGACUGACUUUACUGAAUGUAAUACAUUGACUAUGGGUAAGUACCCCAUACAACCCCACUUCAAAAGAUCUAAACGGUCCUUUUAAAAUACAUCUUACUGAAUACUCCUGUCUCAUAUUGUAACUGUAGCAGCUGGGUCCCCAUGCAGUACUGCUCCACAUUCUGUUCCACUACCGUUCUUACUCAUGCAAGCAGAAUAAUGCUGGUACGUAACAAGGAAUUCAUAUUUACAUGGUGUUAAUCUGAUUCCAGCUUUGUUGAGUUAAUCCUCUUCUGAAAGAUCAGGGUUGUGCUGAAGCUUAGUUUCAAAACUCUCACGAGCUGCUGUGGAAAAUCAGAAAUCUUAACGCCAGGUUGUGUUCUUACAGAAAAAGUAUUUAUUUCCCAUUUGUGUGUGUUUUUAGAUGUUUGUCUGAGUCUUUCAUGUAGACUUACUGAAAACUGAAGUUGAUGUAAUGUUAAGGUUUACU